CUGUUUAACAAGAAAUAUGCUUCAAAGUUCAAAGGUUUACAAACUUUACAGUAUAGGCGUCAAAUAUUAUGACAUAUAAACAGAAGUGAGAGUGGCAUAACGUUUAUGUAAAGCAGCAUAAAGUUCUAGGAAAACAGCAGUUCACAAAAUAAAUGUUAACAUUAUUUAAUAUUAAUGUUGCUCAGAUAAAAGGUAUCCUCAGCUCUUCACAACAAUACUGAACAAAACUGUGCUAAAGACAUCCCUUUUAACUCAUUUAAUGGGGUUAUGAUUUCAGCAUUAGAAAAUUCUGGGGAAAAAAAUGGACAGAAAAUUUGUGAAUAUGAUAAUGAAGAUAAUGACAAAAGUUCAAGUAAUUUAUCAUUUCAGUCUAUUAACUUACAAGAGACUAAAACAGAAGAAGCUGCCCAGAUGAAGCGUAUUCUCAGUUCUGGUUUUAUAUGCGACGAUACUACUCAACAGGAUUGUGCUAUAAGAGAAAGUUCUUUUUCCUCAUUUGAAGGGUUUGGAUUCUCAGCACUUGGUACUUCUGAAGAGAAUGGAGACUAUUCUCUCUCAUCAAAGAAAUUAAGAAAUAUGUCUACAGAUUAUGACAUUUCUGAUGAUGAGACCCAAAAAAUGCCCUCAGGCAAUAUUUACAUUCCAAAACAUUUGAUCUCUUCAGUCUGUGAGGAAGAGGUGGAAGAAACCUCGUCAACCUUCAGCCUAAAUGAACAAAAGAGUAUAUUUGGUCAAAAACACACUGUAUUUUAGAGAUGGAAAGCGUAGGAUUGAUUUUGUUUUAGUUUAUAAGGACUUGUCAGAUCCCCAAAAAGAAGAGAAAAGAAAAAUCUUUGAAGCAAACCUUAAAGAAGAAGGACUGGAACUUGAACUAGAGGACAAAUCUGUAUGUGUUUACAAUUACAUGUUCAUUUAAGUGUAAAAUUGAGAUUAUAGAAAAGAAGAGAAUUGCCAUUUUUGAAAUUUGAGG